AUGAAGGGGCUAUUCAGGCGAAAGGGGAGCCAAGGUGCUUCUCAUCUGCACGAUUCGUCACCAAGUACUCGGUCCAGUCUUCUCGAACCGUCGACAGUGGGUGGCGAGCCCUCGACGGACGUUGACGGGGAAAGUCCGAGUCUGAUUACAUCUAAUAUUGACACGGAGAUACUUCCAAACUCUGUCGAUACAUACCACGCCAUCACUGAGUGGCUCGAACAUGGAUCUACACCAGUUCCUGACAUAUCGGAAGCAACACCAGAUCUUGUACCCCUCAAGUCUGCCUCUUCAUCUUUGAUUUGUGCGAUAGAAAUCUUGAUGGAUGUUCACAAUGACGACGUUGCCUGGAAUGAAAUGUGCAACGAUAUACAUUCUCAUGCGAAGCAAAUUCAGAGCAACUUUGAGAGAUUAGAUAAGAAAGGUGUAACCAACCCUGGCGACAUUAGGCUCAUACGUGCUAUGGACGAGUAUCUUGGCGUUCUCAAUACUAUUGGAAAAGCGGCGCAAAUAGGAAUGAGAGAGGCUAGAGAUCGCUCAGGAGUCAGCGCCUCACGGUUUGGGACGACCAAAAUCGACAACGAACACAUAAAGCACUUAAUACAAGCGGAAAGAGAAUCAUAUCAGAUAUAUCAGGUCGCCGUCGAUCAACUUCUCCUAAACCGUGUCACGCAGGUUGAUGUGCUCGUAGAAGAGCUAAGAGAAGAUGUACAAGCGACGAAUGCUCUCGGUACCAAUGACGGAAUCCCUGAUUUCACACUUCGCCUCUCGUACGGAACCGACCUCGAGAUCUGCGAGCCUGGAGCGUGCGUUGAAAUCUUGACGAGAAUCCGCGACUGGGCAGGCGACACGAACCGCUCGCAGCAAAUCUUCUGGUUGAAUGAUGCUGCGGGCACGGGGAAGUCGACAGUAGCCACGACGAUAGCCAGAGAGUGGCAAGAUCAGGGUCGGCUUGGUGGACGAUUCUUCUUCAAUCCCAAGGUCGCAUUGGACCAAGAUAUUCGUCACUUCUGCCGUAUGGUGGCAUACGAUAUAGUAUCCAACCAUCCACAACUUGCUACAUCCAUCAACUCGAUUCUGAUCGCAAGCCUAGAAGAUACGAUGGACUUCGCCAUGCAGUUCAUCCGACUCAUUCUGGAUCCACUUCGAAGCCUGAGCGCCACGACGGGGAUAUUCCUCGUCAUCGAUGCUCUGGACAAUUGCGAAUUCAAAUCGAUACAACGACUGCUCAAUGUCAUAAUCAAAGAGCUCCCGAACGCACCAAGGAUCAGGCUCCUGCUCACUAGCCGACCAAUGCCAGGCAUCAGCGAUCGCCUCAGCGACCCCGGAGUACAUCGCAUGGCCUUUUCACCCGACUCACGCAAUUUUGCGAUGCUUCGGACCACCUCUGGCGGGCCGCUCGUUCAAGCAUGGGAUCUCAGUAGUUCCGGAGGGAAGCUAGUGGGAGAGGCAGAAAGCGACGACGAAGGAUUAAUGAUGACAAACUAUAAUCUCGGAUUCUUGGCGGACGGAAACCUGAUUGCGCACGGGUCGACCAUCUGGGAGCUGCACUCAAACGGCCUCAAAAGAUUCCAGAGCUCGAAAAUACCAGAGUCUCUCCGAACCUAUCCUCACUCUUUUCUUACCUACGUAGACGGGUGGGUCCACUCUGCAUUUCCACCAGGACCAAUCGUACCAAUUCCAACCCAUCUAAGACUACUCUUCACCACGGGUGCCUUUUACGAAAGUCAACUGUGCUCUGCAAGUGGCAAUACCAUACUCGGGUGGACCAAGAUGUUUGAGCCUCUCAUAUUUGAUUUCUCGGCCUUUGUGGCGUGUUGA